AUGGAGCCUGACCACGAUCCUCCCCUCCUUCCGCUCCAAGGGCCUCGUAUUAUGCCCACCGCCAGUAUCAAGUCGAGUCCACGGCAGCAAGCGAGACGUCCUCCGCAGAGCUCCUACCAAAAGAAGGAUGUCGCAAGAGCGCCUGUCUUCCUGCGACCAGCACCUCGAGAUGCGACAAAGAGAACGCGACCUGUUCCGCCCAGGCGCGCUCCUGAUCAAAGCGCACCGAUGAUCCCCGGAAAUAAGCCUCGUACGCGCACCAUGCCAACUCAGAAGAUUAACCCGCUAUUGCCGGUGACGGAACGAAAAAGUCAGGAAGAGAAAGCAGGGUCGCGGCGGCCAAGGAAGAAUUCAGAUGUCGACAGAUGGGACAUUACGCCCGAUGGGGGUUCGGCCGGGCGCGAAGGAAGGCAGUUCACUGUGGCCAAUGUCGGCAACAAUGGUCGCAUAUAUCUGAGGCCCACGACCGCCGGUCUAGGUGCACCAGUGAUCGAAGAUCAGAAGCGGGAGAGUGCACUCGGCAUCGGUCAGCUGCAAGGGUCGCAGUGGACACCAAGUCUUAUCCCUUCAACGCCAACAACUGCGCUAUUACGUUCUUACUUGGAUGAUCGAAAAGCAAGUCUGGUAACCCACCGACGUACUCAAUCUGACUCAACUAUUCACGAAUCGAGAUCGAGCGUGGCUCGUGAAUCCGACCCGGGAGCCUUCAAGAUUGUCGUCACUCAGCCAGGCGAGGAACAGAGGCCAAAGACAUUGGAAGACUUGGACGCCAAUACCUCACCAUUCCUCGAGAUCUCGAUACCAUCUUGGAAGCUGGGCACACCGCGGUUUUCGGUCAAAGGCACGCCCUUCAUUCGUGGUUCUAGCUACGCGCCGACUGAAGACAUCCGGUCGAGUAAUCAAUCCUUCAUGAACCGCUCAGGUGGCAUGACGCCACGCUUCACCUCGUCGAUGGUUUCUAGGAGGCCAGGUUCCGUCAUAGGAGCGCCGUCUCAUUUGUCAACCUCACAAAGGCCUGCUUGGCUCGGCUCUGGCCUGUCGCCUCAUGAUGCCACUCGAGCAAAGUACAUGUCCUCGCACGUCUCGAUUGAGCCUGCAAUGUUCGACUCUCUAACCUUCAAACCGGCCUGCGACAAUCCCGCUAUCGUCAGGUACUCAUCCUUGACUGGAGCCGUGACCGCAGCGACUCCGCCGCGCCUCGUGGCGGAAAUUACCUCUCCUACUUUCCUCGAUUACGAACUCCUCUCCGACUUCUUCCUCACCUUUCGCGCUUACUUGUCGCCUAUGGAUCUGCUCAAAAUGCUCUUUUCACGGAUGCGAUGGGCUUUGAUGAGAGAUGGUGAAGUGGGAGUGGUUGUUCGCGUUCGAACCUUUGUGGCACUCCGGCACUGGAUUUUGAACUACUUCGUGGACGAUUUUGUUUGCGAGUACGAGAUGCGCACAAACUUUUGCAGACUGUUGAACAGCUUGACGAACGACGUGUCACAGGACUCAAAAGGUCUCAGGGUACAGCUUAAGAUUCUGGCCGAGCUCAAGAAGUGUUGGAGACGUGUUUGUGCUCAAUUUUGGGACGGACCUGAGUCUGAAGCUUCGCUGCCACCGGAGGCACCAAUUGCGCCGGGUGGCAUACCUGGCCAUCGAAACCCCAGCCUGGACCCCGAAUUCUGGCAGAGAUAUCUGGACAAUGGUCCACCAACGCUUGAUAACAUUCUUGCACCGUUGACAAGCAAUCCGCCGGAUUCAGAAACCAGCUUUUACCGCGACGUUGCUAGGGCUGGUGGUGGAGGGAAUGACUUUGGACAAGAUCAACGACCCGCGACGCCCGAGAAUCAAAUUGACAAGAGGAACACGGCUGAGGAGGCACAAGUCUCUCCAACAAGCAUUUCGAGCGGGGACAUCGUCUCAUGUUCCUUCCCAACCAGAACUUUGAAAUCUUCGAGUCCCGGUUCCAACCAUCACCCUUUGGGUGCACAUCCGGUAGACCCGAGCUCCGUUUACAACAUGGAGCCUAUCGCCACGACUCCCCGUGCCCUUAUGGGCAAGCGAUUGCGUCCCCAACAAUCACACAAGCGUAAUGGGAGCCUUUCCGACUCAUUGAGGGAACACAACAAUACGACACUGGAGCAGCUUCUCCAGCAGAACACGGAAACUCUACUUUCACUGCCGUACGCUGGUAGUUUGGUGAGAGGCAACGUCAUGCCACCAGGCCAAGCUUUCGUUGAGAUUGUGUCGCCGACCUCUACGAACGGUGCAAGCAGGCAGACGACUGUGUUUCAGCCGUUCCCGGAUGAUUCUGAGAUUGAUAAAGCCACGGCGUCUGCAAUGUCUGGACAAGGCAUGCGAAAGCUAAUAGGUGGGGUUCGUCGCGCGCUGAGUACCCGAGGUCAGGAUGUAUCGCCUACGCAAGGGAAUUUCAACAUUGCGCCAAUAGGACCUCGAGGUGUCACCACAAACAGAUUGCCCGGGACUGCGAUAGUGCCACAAGCCCGGCCGAGAGCGAGUAGCAUGCGACCUAUCGUCCGAAUUGAUGUGCUUGGUGCGGAAAUCGUGGAAGAUUUCAAGAGAGUGAUAAGGGAAGACGCGGCGGCAGAAGCAGCUUUGCAGAGUUUCCACGGCUCCAUUCCAUCCACUCCGACCACGGUGAGGGCACCUGGGGAAAAUGGAGAGUACUCGGUACCGCACAUGGAAAGUCUGCGACAAGCUGAACCACAAGACGGUACCCGUCCCUUUAGUGACGGAGGCGUGACCGCCGGGAGCAAAUCUAUUCUCAUCAUUGACGACACACUAAGGGUUCCAAACGAGUUCCCCGCAAUGACCGGCGCUCUUCCUGCAUUUACUCAAUCUGUGGAAGAUUUCGCGGAAUCUUUUAUGCCACAAGGAGGCGCAGAUCCUACGCCGCCAAGCACACCUCCUGGCCGUAUAACAGACACGCCCAGGAGAUCUUCAUACCUGCUCGGACAGCACGCCCUCCGCUCAACCAAGUCCACAGAUGCUUUGCCUCCUUUUGUUCCGGACUUAGACACGCUCGCUGGUGAACAAAGUCACCGGCGAUCUGACGAUAUGGGCAGGCCAUCGCUAGAUGCUAGACUUUCCUCGUCUGAGUUCCUGCGACAAUCAUUGAGUCGACCGCCACUGAGUGGAGUUCGCGGGCACGGGCGCCACCGUUCGAGUCGCUCGCUGCGUUCAAACGGUACCAUGGGUCUCAGGAAAUACGCUUCGUUCCACAGCGGAAUGGGUCUUCGCUCAACUAUCCGCAGCUUCGACGCGACCACUUACUCUGACAGAGCGUCCAUAGAGCAAUCUUCCGUGCCGCCGCCAUUGAGAGUUCUCCGACGACGUCCAGGCGGAGAUCUUAGAGCGGUCAACCGCGUUGGAGACUUGGAUCAACAUGUGCUGCGUAAGUCGCGCUCUUUGGGGUCUCUUACAACUUACACAGACUCCUUGCGGACCUCGUUCAUCCAAAGUCCGGCCGUAACACGUGGCUCCAUGGGGUUGAUGGACACAGUCAACAGUGACUUCUCUCGUAAUCGAUCGGAAGCUUUCUCUCUUGGCGUCAUUGCAGAGAAACCAAAACGCAGAAUAUCGCUUCUUAGCACUUCCUCUUCACGGCCCAUAAUGCGGCCUUCAUUUGAGGCUGAGGCACAGAAACUCGCAAACAUUCCAGACGAUGAAGAUGAUGGCGGAGUUGAGUCGGCCUUGCUGAAACUUGAGGGAAGAUAUGAGAGAAGACCGUUCAAGUUGUCUCUGGAUCCGACGAGCACCGCUAUGUUGAACUUGGAGAACCUUACUCGUAAUUCUCCUGGGUCAGAAGACGGGCCCGACUCGAAGGCAGAGAAAAGAAAACAUCGACAGGAGCAUAUUGGGGAAGAAGGCGUCAUGGCACCUGCCCCACCUGCUGAGAGCUCUGCGGAUGCCUCGGACUCAAGUUCCCUGCGUGUUCCCGAAAAAGGCCGGUCUCUGCGCGAUGAGGUCGCAUCCUUCCUAUCCGAUGGAUCAGAUGGAUCAUAUUUGUCAAUCCCUCUGCUGCAACGCGAGGUGGUCGAUGACGUCCACAGGAGCCGAGCAGAGUGGACAAACCAGUCCAUACUUCAAGAUCCCGAAGAUGGCACGUCUGCGGACGAACGAGAUGAGCGCAAGGAACAUGGCUCAUACGAGUUCGUCAAGAAGUCUGAAAGCAUUGAGAAGAUCAAGCCAGGAGACACCAUGCCGACACUCAAGCAGCAUGACAAAACCAGAGACUCGUCACAGUCUUUUCUGGAUAUAGAAAGCUCCGAAGAUGAAUUGUCGUCAGAAUUGUCGGACAACCCGGCGGAAGACGAUGAAGAACUGGACGCCUUCCCAUCUUUGCGGCGUGGCGCCACCCUCACCAAGAUCCAAACAAAUCACACGGCAAAGUCGUAUAAGACGUUUGGGACGCAAACAAAGCAUACGGUCAGCGUUGCUUCACCGACCUCGGCCACGGUCCAGACGUAUGAAGUGUCACCCGAGACUGCAGAUGUUCCAGAGCUGCACAGUGCUCAGAUAUGGGGCCAAGACAAACAGAGGAAGCCUUUACCUCCCGCACCCGACUACACACCGACCUUCGGACAACCGAACCAGCCUUUGAAAUCACCACCCAAUCCAGCUAGCGCCAAUGAGGCAUCGCGCAACGCGGCCACCGCGGUCGAACAAGAAAAGGCUCGGAAGUACUCUGCGCACCUGCCCUUCAUUCUAGCUUUCGAUUCGGAGAUACUCGCCCAGCAGUUCACACUCAUCGAGAAGGACGCUCUUAAUGAGAUCGACUGGAAGGAGCUCAUUGAAAUGCGGUGGAAGAAUGCCGAGAACAACGACUGUCGGUCGUGGGUCCAGUUCCUGCGCGACACAGAUGCCCGAGGUGUUGAGGUGGUUAUCGCGCGUUUCAACAUCGUGGUCAAGUGGGCCGUGUCCGAAAUUGUUCUCACCCAGAACAUGGAGGAGCGAGCUCGUUGCAUCAUCAAGUACAUCCAUAUUGCCGCACACUGCAGACGAUACCGCAACUUUGCCACAAUGAGCCAAAUCGCCAUUGCACUGACGAGCGGCGAAGUCGAGCGCCUGUCUCAGACGUGGAGGAUGGUGCCACCCCAUGACAUGCGCACCUUGCGCGAACUCGAGGCUCUGAUCUCGCCGACUCGCAACUUCUACGCCCUUCGCUCAGAGAUGGAAGGUGGAGGCCUGACUAUUCAUGAAAUGGGCUGCAUUCCUUUUGUGGGCAUCUAUACCCACGACCUCAUCUUCAACGCACAGCGGCCAAGCGAGAUUGCGAGUAGUCCAACGACAGCACCUCUUGUCAAUUUUGAGCGGUGUCGAAUCGCUGCUGGUGUGGUCAAGACUCUUCUGAGGCUGCUAGAGGCAAGCACCGCAUACGCCUUCCAGCCGAUUGAGGGCAUUACUGAACGUUGUCUCUGGAUGAGUGCUCUGUCUGACGAGGAGAUCCGGCGGCGAUCGCAGCAGCUGCAAUGA